AUGUGGAAGGAAAAUAUCACCCAUAUUAGUGAAUUCAUCCUGGUGGGCUUCCCUACUUCCCCUUGGCUGCAAGUUCUGCUUUUCCUCCUCUUCCUCAUCACCUAUCUAUUUGUGCUAUUGGAGAAUUUAGCCAUCAUCCUCACUGUAUGGGUCACUGGAUCCCUGCACAAGCCCAUGUACUAUUUUCUGGGCACCAUGUCCUUUCUGGAGACCUGGUAUAUAUCUGUCACAGUCCCCAAGAUGCUGGCUGGAUUCCUCCUUCGUCCCAAUACCAUCUCCUUCCUGGGAUGCAUGACACAGCUCUAUUUCUUCAUUUCGCUUGCCUGUACUGAGUGUGUGCUCUUGGCUGCCAUGGCCUAUGACCGUUAUGUGGCUAUAUGUUGGCCUCUUCACUAUCCAGUCAUGAUGACCACAGGAUUUUGUGUUCAUCUGACUAUCCUUUCCUGGGUGAGUGGCUUCACCAUCUCCAUGGCAAAGGUCUAUUUCAUCUCCCAAGUUGCCUUCUGUGGCAAUAAUAUCUUGAACCAUUUUUUCUGUGAUGUUUCCCCCAUCCUCAAACUGGCCUGCAUGGACUCAUCAAUGGCUGAAAUGGUGGACUUUGUGCUAGCCAUCGUCAUCCUUGUGGUUCCUCUCUCAGCCACUGGCAUUUCUUAUGCCUUCAUUGUCUCUGCCAUCCUGCACAUUCCCUCAGCUGCUGGGCAGCGGAAGGCCUUCUCCACCUGUGCCUCUCACUUUACAGUGGUGGUCAUCUUCUACACAGCUGUGAUCUUCAUGUAUGUCCGACCUCAGGCCAUUGCUUCAUUUGAUUCUAACAAAUUGAUCUCAGUCAUAUAUGCAGUCUUUACUCCCAUGCUCAACCCUAUCAUCUACUGCCUAAGGAACAGGGAGGUCAAAGAUGCUUUCAGAAACACUGUGGCAAGUGGCCAAGCCCUUUUCUUGAGAGAUUCUCUUUCCUGA